CGGCGGGAAGCGCGGGGCGUGCUGGGAGUUGUAGUCCCGCUCCCCGCCUCCCUGGUUGCCAUGGAGACGGCGCGGAGCUGAGGGGAAGAUGGCGAGGAGGCCGCGGGGGGAGCACGCAAGAGGAUGGGGCAGGCCCAGGGACCCCGGGAGUACUGCAGUCAAGAUGGCUACAGCAGGACUCUACAGAAUGGGUGAUGGGAGCAAUUAUGCAGCUAACUGCUUUUCUGCCAGAAACAUUUUGCGCAACAGGAGAGAGGCUGGCCGCUGCCUGCUGGCACCCAUAGGCAACCCAUGGCCCUGGGCUGAGCAAGGAACCACCAGGGAGACACCAGAGGAGAGGAGGAAGCCUCCAAGUGCUGCCUCUGAGGAAGAAAAUGAUGAAGACCAUAUCCUGGAUGAGCCAUUUCUGAUGAAGCACCACUGUUUGAAGAACCCUUCUGACCUGUGCUCUGUGAACAUAAGCAGCCAAAAUCUGGUGUCUGCUAAAGAAGAUGAUUUUGAGAAAUUUGAUUGUGUUGCUUUUAUAAAUGCUGCUGAGAACCUGCUGACAUUAGAGCCAUUUCGGAAGUUUCCAAGGCUGCGGGAACUGGAACUUCCAUUGAAUGGACUGAGAAACCUGAAGAUCACUCCUGGAGAGUUCAAGCAUUUAGAAGAUCUGGAUCUCUCCUACAAUAACUUAUCCCCUGAAGACAUUUGGAUGUUGGGAGAUUUGUCCCAGCUCAAGGUCCUUCGUUUGACGGCCAACGGGCUUCGGUCUCUGCCUCCAGACCUGGCAGGCUCCUGGGACUCUGCUCAUUUGAGAUUUCGGUCUCUAGAGGUCUUGCUGCUGGAUGACAACUUUCUGUCAGACCCGGGUGUCUUUGUGAGCCUGUCUCAUCUCCGCAGCCUGAGGGAACUGAAUCUGGACAGAAACAGGAUUUCAGCAGUCCCCUACCUGCACCAAGCAGAGAGCACGCAGUUCUCCCUCCAUCCUGCGCUGGAUGACGGCAGCUUCAGGGCAGAGUGGUACCGGUCCCUGUGCAGCCUCCGGCAGCAGCCCUGGCCACUGCAGAAUGAAGGCAUGGAGGUGCCAGCAGAGCUGGAAACGAAGAAAGGACAGCUUGAAAAUGUCAUGCUACAGAACAGCGGGGCUCCAGACAGGACAGAGGUCGUGUUUAAUUCUGACUCUCAGGGAUGCCCGAUGCAGGGUGUUCCCAGGGAGGGAGACCCAUCUGCCUUGAAGACUCUGCCUGCUCUUUCCACGUGCAGAGACGUUUGUGCUCUCUUUCCUGAACUGGAACAUCUCAGCCUGGCCUUCAACAAGAUUACGGAUGAGACAGCUCUCUUACCUGUGGCUUUCUUCCCACGUCUGAAGCAGCUAACGUUUCACAACAACCCUCUUACCACCACCCGCAGCGGGCACCCACCUCUGCUGACCCGUCUCCUCCAGCAGAAGUUGGGGAUUCAACUUGUUCGCCACAAGAGCCCAGCUGCGAGGAGGUGGCACUUCUCCAUCCCUCUCAAAGCCAGCCGCAAGGUCUCAUCGCAUCUCCCCAAAGUCAAGAAGCAGCCGCUGACGUUGGAAGCUCCGACUGAAGCCUUCAUCUGGAGACCACUCCCAGCAGAGGCUGCAGGAGGAGCUGCACCUCUGAUCUCACCCCAGCCACUGCCUCCCAUCAGCUCCUCGCCAAGCGAGCAGCCAGCAGUGGGGCAUGGGGAACGCGACCCCAGGACUCCCAGCACAGCCCAGGAGGAUGUUGAAGCCUUCUUCAUGACACAGGUGGAGGAGGAUGACUCCAGGCUGGAGAAGAGGAGUGAGCAGGGGGAGGAAGGCAGCUCCCGGGAUGUUCCGGAGUGGUACAAGGGCUAUGAGGAGCUGCUCGGUGGAGACACUGACCCAGAUUUUAUUGAGCCAGUUGGGAUACAGAAGAAUGUGCAGGCACUCUACUAUGUCCUGAAACACCCCCUGGUAUACUGGGAUGCCAAGCCACGACUGGACAGUGUGCAGAAGCCCUACGUGCCUCAGAAAAAGGUUAGGUUCCUGAAAAGCAGUUGUGUGAACACGUGAGAUUGCUCUUUCUCUUGGGAACAACACAAUGAAUAUUCCUGGCAGAAAGAACACCUGAAACCUGGAGCUGUGGGGACUGUGUUUCUGCAAACAGAGCCCCAAACCCAGAGGUGGGUGUUUGAUGGGAACAGCUGGCUGCUGCCCACCCCUAUGCCAGGACCUCAAGGACUGCUGAAUGAAGCCAUCAACCAAAAGAAGUUGGAGUAGAUGAUCUCUGUAGGUCCCUGCCAACCAAACUGUUGUAUAUUAUGCAGAAAUGUCAUGUGUGAUAGCGAUAGUUUUAUGAUGGGUUGACGGUUGGACUAGAUGAUCUUAGUGGUCUUUUCCAACCUUGAUGAUUCUCUGAUUCUAAGUAAUUUUGGUAAGAGGUGGAAUCGAGCCACGAGCCCUGCAGGGCCGUGGGUGCUGCCUGCAUCACUUCUGGGCAAAGCCACAGCGCUGAGCAGAUGCUGCCCAGGCCAUGGAAACCUUCAGGUCAAGGAGCUGAAACUGCAGAUGGAGUGGAAAAUCUCCACCGCAGCACCCAAGAGUCUUCCCUAGAGCACGAGUCUGUGUUCAGGGGCUCUGCGCUAAAUACCCUGACACCUCUACUCCUUGUAACUAAUUGAGGUCAGAGCUAAUGACAGUGCUACGGAAGCCCAUGUGCUGCUGGUGUGAAGUCGCACCGUGUUACUCAGCUGCUUGCAGUGCCUCAUGCAGCAGCUCUCACUGGUAAGUGGUUUGGGGCAGAUGCUGCCUCUUAGCAUCUGUGCUGAAGACAGAUCCAGCACUCUUGAAUCUAACAUAAAGAAUUAUGUACUUCUGAGUUUUGUAACUUAAAUCUACAGUUACUGACUUUUCAGCUUCAUGGGAUGAACAGUAAAUGCAUUAACUCCCAGGAUUUUACAGCAGGUAGGAGGUAAUCAGACAGAUGCUAUAUUUUACCAAAUCUUCAAUCCCAGAAUAGUGACUGCUUUUUUGGGGACUGCAACAACCCUUUCAAUUAAAUUCAAGGCAUCUCAGGUACCUUUGGAACAACAGCAAGGAGAACAAGACAGUUAUAUCUGUAAUGCAAGUUAAUCAGCUUGAAUGGAGUCUCAGCAUCUUACCCUGAAAGGAAAGCGAAGGAGUAGGCACUGGUCUUGGAAACGAAUGCUGACCGAUGUGUUUGCUUGCCCUGGAAUGGUUCUUCAUUUUCUGAAUCCGAGAGACGUUCAGGAAACUGAAGUCAAUCAAGGAAGAGUUAGCUGACAUGCAUGACAAAAAGAAUCACUUGGAAAGUAAAGGUCUUUCUUGCAAAGGUAUUAGUAUUCCAAAAGCCCCCAAUAUGAUGACACCUCAAGGACGUAAACCAAGAAUGCAACCUCCCAACAGCUGCAUGUGCUCAUGCAGUUCUCUUCAUUGGAGCUGUAAGAGCUCCAGUCCCCAAAGCACAAACAAUGCAAAAAUAAGCACACAGCUCCUACGUAUGGCUGUGACAUGCUGAAGAAAGGUAAUUUAAAGAUCAAACACUGGAUGAGCAGUAAACUUGAGAAAAUCCUACAACAAAGGUACUAUGGGACAUGAGCCGGCACCCAAAUAAUCCAAUACCAGUUCUUAAUUCUUAAGAAGCUAUAGGGAAAUCAGUCCUGGAAAGCAUGUAGAGUCAGAGGAAGAAAUGUCUUAAAAAACCUAACUCCUGCUCCAGGGUUGAAUCUCAGCUGUAUUUCACCUGGUCAGUGUCUCUGAUGCGGACUGGGAAGUACAAGCUUACUUACACACUCU